UACCAUAAUUUAUUAAAUUUAUAUACCUCCCUGUACCCACAGGCUCACAGGAUAAAAUUACAAUAUAAAAACCAAAGAACAUAAGCAAAACUGAAACAAAAACAACCCAAUAGCCCCCCAACACACACAUUUUAAAACAUUUUGUUCCAAUCAAAUACAGCAGUUUCUGCAAGAGCAGUUCUGGGCAGAAGAGUUUUUUUAAAAAAAGGAGAAACAAGAACAAUUUGGGAUUCUCUACAGAGUGUCAGGUGCGGAUGGCGCUGUGGUAUAAACCACUGAGCCUAGGGCUUGCUGAUCAGAAGGUCAGCAGUUCGAAUCCCCACGACGGGGUGAGCUCCUGUUGUUCAGUCCCUGCUCCUGCCCACCUAGCAGUUCAAAAGCACGUCAAAGUGCAAGUAGAUAAAUAGGUGGAAAUAGGUGUUUCCGUGCACUGCUCUGGUUCACCAGAAGCGGCUUAGUCAUGCUGGCCACAUGACCCGGAAACUGUCUGCGGACAAACACCGGCUCCCUCGACCUAUAGAACGAGAUGAGUGCAACAACCCCAGAGUCGUCUGCGACUGGACCUAAUGGUCAGGGUCCCUUUACCUUUUUAUAAUUAAAUGCUACCACUUUAGAGUUCAAAUGCUGAACUUAAAAAAUAGCAUCCACACCUAUCUAGAUUAUGGCAAAUGUGAAGGACAUUUAAUACAUGUGCUCCUUGUCAUACCUUAAAAUAUUUAAAAUUCUAUUUUCAUUUUCCACAAGGGUACCAGUGUACAUCCUCCAAAUGUACAAGGGUUUCCCAAUUCACUUGCUCCAUGGGAACUUUCCAUAGUGUUCUUUUGCAUUGAGGCUGAACUGAAGGAAAAUAAGCACUGUUGCUUCCUCUUCUCUUGCUUAUAUUCUCUAAUACAGUGGUACCUCGGUUUAAGUACACAAUUGGUUCUGGAAGUCUGUACUUAACCUGAAGCGUACUUAACCUGAAGCGAACUUUCCCAUUGAAAGUAAUGGAAAGUGGAUUAAUCCGUUCCAGACAGGUCCGCGGAGUACUUAAACUGAAGCGUACUUAACCUGAAGCGAACUUUCCCAUUGAAAAUAAUGUAAAGUGGAUUAAUCUGUUCCAGACGGGUCCGCAGAGUACUUUGACCUCCCACUAGAGGUCAAAGAAAACAACAACUACCAGACCUUUAGAAGGCAUCUCAAGGCAGCCCUGUUCAGGGAAGCUUUUAAUGCCUGAUGGAUUUCUGUAUUUUAAUAUUUUGUUGGAAGCCGCCCAGAGUGGCUGGGGGAACCCAGCCAGAUGGGUGGGGUAUAAAUAAUAAAUUAUUAUAAAUUAUUAUUAUUAUUAAACUGAAAGUACUCAAACCGAGGUAUGACUGUAAUAGUCUGUGAUUGAUCUGGCCUGCUUUGGAGCAGGAUCACUUUCUCCAAAUCCCCACCUACUGGGGAUUCUGGCCACAUACACAUCAUACAUUAAAGCACCAUGAUGCUGGUUCAAACAGUCCUUGUUCCCAGAAAUCUGGUAGCUGUAGUUUUUUUUUUAAGGGUGCUGAGAGCUGGAGGAGAGAGGGAGAAACACACACACCCCAAUUCCCCUUGCAGAGCUACAAUUACCAGACUCUGUGAAGUGGGAUUGAUGGUUAAACAGUUUUCCAGAGCAAACUGUAACUCUGUGAUGGAGAACCGGGAUCUCUCCUGACAAAGCUGGGCACCCUUAAUAACAUUCAUUUGGGUAAAACAAUCCCAGAUUCUUAAAGACUUUAUGGUAACAAUUUGAACUUGGCCUGGUAGUAAAUCAGCAACCAGUGGAGGUAUUUUCUUCUUGUUGACUUUGCAGGACCCACAUUUUGGAGGGCAGAUUUUGCUUUAUGACCAAAAUUGGCAGAGCAGGGAGGCGUUCUUUCAACCUUCUUGGUGGCUGCCUUGAAGCACAGAUGGAAUAAGAAGACUCUGCUUAGAGAAGCUGUUCAUUCCAUCGAGACAGGGAGAAGCGGAGGAUUCUGGGAAGGAACCUUGCAGAAGAUCCUGAACAAGGAGGACGCCCUCAGCUCAGAUGCUCAGCUCCUGCACUUCAGACAGUUUCUCUACCAUGGUCCGCCGAGAGGUUUGCUGCUGACUCCGCCACCUUUGCCUUGAGUGACUGCGGCCAGAGCGAUAGACACGAAAAGUCUGAUCUGGUUCUCCUAGAGCAGCUCCUGGAUGUCCUCCCCACAGAGAUGGAGAACUGGGUGAGGGAACGUGGGGCAGAGACUGGUUCCCAGGCAGUGGCCCUGGCCGAAGGUUUCCUCUCGAGCCGAGCAGAAGAUGUGAAGCAGGAGGAGGAGCAGCAGGGACUAUUUUCAGAAGAAGCCGUGAACUUUCCUGAGGCAGAGGAGGACCCAUCAGACCCCAGGCAGAUACCUCUCUCCAAGUGGUGGAUCAAGCAGGAGGAAGACGAAGGUGCUCCUUCAUUGGGACAUGUUGAAGGGAUGCUGGCAGAAGGGGAACAAUCAGAAGUGUCACCAAAAGGAUCCAAAGAGGAGGAGGAGCAAAGGAAUCUGGGGGUUCAAGAUGGAGGCAGCAGGCGAGAGGGGAGACGAAAGCACAAGCCGGAGGGUGACUCCGGUACGUCUCAGGGUGGUGGUAAUCAAAUUCACAGAGAUGAGAAAAAGCAUGAAUGCACAGUGUGUGGAAAGAGAUUGGGUAGUUGCUCAGCUCUUAUUUUACAUCAAAGAAUACACACAGGAGAGAAACCGUAUAAAUGUUUGGAGUGUGGAAAGAGCUUCCGUGAUAGUGGUAACCUUACCUCGCAUCAAAGAACUCAUACAGGGGAGAAACCGUAUACAUGUUUAGAGUGUGGAAAGAACUUCACUCAAAAUGGUACCCUAACCUUGCAUCAAAGAAUUCAUACAGGGGAGAAACCGUAUACAUGUUCAGAGUGUGGAAUGAGCUUCAGUCGGAGUGGUCACCUUACUUUGCAUCAAAGAUCUCAUACAGGGGAAAAACCGUAUACAUGUUCAGACUGUGGAAUGAGCUUCAGUCAGAGUAGCCACCUUAAGUCGCAUCAACGAAUUCAUACAGGGGAGAAACAGCAUACGUGUUUGGAGUGUGGAAAGAGCUUCACUCGCAACAAAGGGCUUACUAGACAUCAACAAGCUCAUCAAGGGAGCAAACCUUAUGAAUGCUGGGAAUGUGGCAAGAGCUUCAGUCGUCUCUCAACUCUGACCACACAUCAAAGAGUACAUACAGGAGAGAAACCGUAUAAAUGUUUGGAGUGUGGAAAGAGCUUCAGUUGGAGUAGAGCCCUUACUAGACACCGAAGAACUCAUACAGGGGAGAAACAGUAUACGUGUUCCAAGUGUGGAAAGAGCUUUGGUUACAGUAGCAGCCUUACGUCACACCAACAAAUUCAUACAAAGGAGAAACCAUAUAAAUGUUUGGAGUGUGGAAAGAGCUUCAGUUGGAGUGGUGGCCUUACUAGACACCGAAGAACUCAUACAGGGGAGAAACCGUAUACAUGUUCAGAAUGUGGAAAGAGCUUCAGUGACAGUGGUUACCUUACUAACCACCGAAGAACUCAUACAGGGGAGAAACCGUAUAAAUGUUUGGAGUGUGGAAAGAGCUUCCGUCAAAGUGGUAACCUUACCUUGCAUCAAACAACUCAUACAGGAGAGAAACGUUAUAAAUGUUUUGAAUGUCAAAAGAGCUUCAGUGCCAGUAGUUCCCUUAUCUUGCAUCUACGAACUCAUACUGGGGAGAAACCGUAUAAAUGUACAGAGUGUGGAAAGAGCUUCAGUCACAGUGGUACCCUUACUAACCACCGAAGAACUCAUACAGGGGAGAAACCGUAUACAUGUUCAGAGUGUGGAAGGAGCUUCAGUAAGAAAGAUGGCCUUACAUCGCAUAAAAGGUCUCAUACAGGAGACAAACCGUAUACAUGUUCAGAUUGUGGAAGGAGCUUCAGCCACAGUAGCGCCCUUAAGUCGCAUCAACGAAUUCAUACAGGAGAGAAACCGCAUACAUGUUCUGAGUGUGGAAAGAGCUUCACUUACAGCAAUGCGCUUACUAAACAUCAACAAAUUCAUCGAAGCAGCAAACCGUAUAAAUGCCGGGAAUGUGGCAACAGUUUCAGUCGCCUUGACUCCCUUUCCCGACAUCAAAGAAUUCAUAUAGGGGAGAAACGAUAUACAUGUUUGGAGUGUGGAAAGAGCUACAGCUACAGUUGCAACCUUACCUUGCAUCAAAGAUUGCACACAGGAGAGAGACCUUAUAAAUGUUUGGAGUGUGGAAAGAGCUUCAGUUGCGGCAGCUCCCUUACAUUGCAUCAAAGAACUCAUACAGGAGAAAAACCGUAUACAUGUUCAGAGUGUGGAAGGAGCUUCAGUUUCAGUAGUAGCCUUACUAGACACCAACGAAAUCAUACAGGAGAAAAACCGUAUACAUGUUCUGAUUGUGGAAAAAGCUUCAGUUGCAGUAGUAGCCUUACUAGACACGAAAGAAAUCAUACAGAAGUGGCUUAGUCAUGCUGGCCCCAUGACCCGGAAGCUGUACGCCUGCUCCCUCAGCCAGUAAAGCGAGAUGAGCGCCGCAACCCCAGAGUCGUCCAUGACUGGACCUAAUGGUCAGGGGUCCCUUUACCUUUAAGGUGUCUCAAAGCAGCUCACAAUCUCCUUUCCCUUCCUCCCUCACAACAAACACUCUGUGUGAAGAUCACACAGCAGCUGCAUGUGGAGGAGCGGGGAAUCAAACCUGGUUCACCAGAUUACGAGUCCACCGCUCUUAAUCACUACAUCACGCUGGCUCUCAAGCUGUGUAAGGCUUGCACAAGCUGUUCCUCACCACUGACGGAGAGCCUGCCCAGACCCCAAUGUGUCUGCUUUGUGCUCUGCCUCUUCUAGUGCCAAAGAUUGCCCAUUUUUCCACCAGGCACAUGAGCAAGAGAGGAAGCAGGCAAGCAAAUCCUUAAGGCCCAGUUUGCUGCUGAAGGCCACAGGAAAGCCAGGAUCUAAGCCAGGAAUCCGAGGUUCAUUGUGGGGAUUCGUUUCUCUUUGCACCUUUUUAGGAUAUUAAUUUUGGAAAUGCAUGUUUUGCAAUGUUCCCGAAUUGCCCAAAAGGGCAGUCAAAAAAAUUGAAGAAUAUUUGCCCCCGAUUUUGGAACUCCCUUUCUAUUGAUAAGAGGCAGUCGCUUCCACUGUAAUCUUCAGCAUCCACUAAAAACAUUUUUAUUCAUGCAAGGCUGUCCAGAUGUGUCAAAUGUUGACAUGUGUUUUAAUUCGGGUUUUAGCAUUCAUUUUAAUUAAUUUUUAAUAAUUAGUCAUUUUAACAUUUUUUUAAAUGGCAAUUUCAUUGUUUUAUUUUUCCAGAACUCUGGAUUUUAUAUAUAUACUAGCUGGCCCUGCACGCAUUGCUGUGUGUUAGUCUGUCAAAUGGAGGGUAAUAGUCCCCCUUCAGAUCCCCCUGAGCAUCUGAGUCCACCUGUUUUACAGGAUCUCGUGGCGGAGGCGGGGUUUGUGGGGGGACGUGGAUUGGAGUUAAUUGUUGUAGGGUGUGUGUGAAAUGUACGUAGUAAAGAUUGAGAUGUGGAUUGAUUAAGGGGUUGUGUGGGGGGUAUUGUUGGUAUUAAGAAGUUAAUAAGUCAUGUAGGUCGGGGUACAGAUGGGUUAUCUUACCUUUAGAGUUCUUUUUUGAGUUUUGGAUUUGUAUUUUUGGUGAUGGAAGUUUAUGCCAGGGCAGUCUGGAUCUCAGGAAGGUAGAAUUGGUAUUUGGAGCGGCCUGUUAGGAAAGUGUGGGAGGUGGGUUUAUUAAGGGGUUGUGUGGGGGGUAUUGGAAUAAGAAGUCAUGUUGGUGGCGGUAGAGAUGGGGUAUCUUACCUUUAUAGUCCUUCUUUGAGUUGUAGAGUUGUAGCUUUGUUGAUUGAAGUUUAUCCCUGGGCGGUCUGGAUCUUGUGAAAGUACAAAUUGUAUUUGGAGUGGUGUGGUUCCCUUGGGGAGUUGUAGUAGGUUGUUUCACUGAGUUUUUGGAUAAUGGAAUUGGGGUGUGUGGGGUGUUCAGUGAUGGUAAGAGGGUGUGAUUGUCAGAGGGAAUGGUAUGGUUGUGAGAGUGUGAAUGUUAGAGGGAAAGGGUCGGAGGAAGGUGGUGGAGACGUUUGGAGGAUGUUGUUUAGGAGGGGAGGAAGGAUCAGAGGAUGCUGCUGGAGAGGUUUGCAGGACGUUGUUUGGGAGGGGUGUGACGAUCCCCCCGCUGCCACCAAAAAUAUGAGGGAUUUCCCCCCCCCCCUCACUGCUUUACCAUCAGAGGCUCUCCCUGUGCUUCUCUACAAACAGGAGAAGAAAACCUCGAGUGUCCAAAUUGGACUUGUCUCCAGAGUACCUCAGGCGCUGCGUUCGAAACCUAUGGCCACCAGUGGGAAGUCCCUCCCAUGGAUCCCUACUGCUACAGUGUGCCUCUCCCUUAGGCAACUAUGUGGCUCCUUCGGCUUCGCUAACCAGCCCUUUGUAUGACAGGAGAAAAAGCCAACAGUUUCCUCUUCCCCAGGAAAGCUUUGUUCUCCCCUCUUUGUCACACCUCUGAAGGCACUGAGACACUGCCGAGUCGGUAAACGUUUAAGCACAUUUAACUUUAUUAUUUAACUUAUAAACAUGAAUUUCUUUGGUUCUUAAAAGCACAUAUCUUCUUUUUAUUUAACACAGACUUGUUACUACAACUCCUGCAUCCCUCUCUGACACUCUACUCUCCAACUGCCAACUCCCAACUGCCAUUUAGAAUGCCCUCAAGCUCCGCCUCCCAAGGAACACCUGCCAAACUGGGAGUGAUAGAUUAACCCAUGAUGAACUGUAGUCAUCAUCAGGCACUAUUCCGUCACAAGGGGAUUGUGAGAGGGCAGGUAUCGGAGGAAGGUGAGAGGGAAAGGAUCGGAGGACGCUGGUUUAGGAGGUCACCAAGAUUGCGGAAAGGCUCUGAGGGCCUGGGGGGGUGUUAUUGUGAGAGGGAAAGGAUCGGAGGACGCUGGUGGAGAGCUUAGGAGGUCGUUGUUUAGGAGGGGAUGAAGAUGAAGGAAAGCGUUUAUGAGGGCCUGUGGGGGGGUGUGAUUGUGAGAGGGCAAAGAUCGGAGGAAGGAUAAGAGGGAACGGAUCAGAGGACGCUGCUGGAGACGUUAGGAGGACCUUGAUCCAGGAAAGUUGUUAUGAGGGCCUGUGGGGGGUGUGAUUGUGAGAGGGAAAGGAUCGGAAGACGGUGAGAGAGAAAGGAUAGGAGGACGCUGGUUAGGAGGGCAGCAAGAUGGCGGAAAGGUUCUGAGGGCCUGUGGGCAAGGAUCGGAGGAAGGUGUGAGGGAACGGAUUGGAGGACGCUGCUGCUGCUGCUGGAGAGGUUAGGAGGACGUUGUUUAGGAGCGGAUAAUGAGAAAGGAAAGCAUUUAUGAGGGCCUGGGGGGGCUGAUUGUGAGAGGGGAAAGGAUCAGAUGACAGUGUUUGGAGUAUGUGAGGGAACGGUAUGGAAGUUGGGAGGAGAGGAUCUGAGAAUGUUAGGAUGAUGGAUGGAGUGUGAGAGGGAAAGGUAUACUUCGAGAACAGUUGAGGACGGUGGUAGGAGCUCAAGACGCUGCUGUCGGGUGUCUCCGAUGAGAUCUUGGACUCUCGUGGAGGAGGUGGGGUUUGUGGGUGUGGCGUAGAUUCCAUGGGGAGGGAGGGGGUGGAGGAGGAGCUGAGGGAAUAACGCCACUUGAGGGCGCUGUUUUAGUUUGUGGAAAAGCAGUUCUGUACCUGCACAGGUAAGAGAUGUGAGGCAUCUGAGGUUCUGCGAACACUCAGGAAGUGGCAUGGAUCGUUGUGUCCAAAUUUCAGGGGGAUCGGUCAAGCGGUUACCGAGAAAAGUGGAGCCCACAAUUUCACCAUUUUUACAUUUAUAUAUAUAUAUAUAUAGAUGUAUAUGUAUGUAUAGUAAAGUUGCAUGUAAAUUUUAGGGAACAAAAUAAUAAACGCCUACAAAAGAAGUAAUAGCAAAACAAGUGUGCAAUUCCUAAGAAGCCAUUUACAACUCACCAUGUAGGUUUUCUCAGGAGUCAGUCCCACUUUUCCCAACAGGUGCUUAAUCUCAGGGAAAAGCGGCUCAAUUCAGUUUGGGGAUUCCCCAGGCAGUAGAGAUUUUGGUCCUCUGAGGGUUUAAUCUGCUCGCCUUAACUCUGCAGGCUUUCCCAAAAGGUCUUGGGUGUUACAAAUCCUUUCCUCACUAUUAGUGCCACCUGGCUUGGAUACAGUUCCAUCACAAUGUGCUUGCUUAUAAGAAUCUGUGUUUGACAGUGGAACGGUUUCACCUUCCUUGGAGGUUUUUAAGCAGAGGUUGGAUGGUCACCUGCCAGGGAUGCUUUAGCUGAGAUUCCUGUAUUGCAGGGGGUUGAACUAGAGGACUCUCAGGGUCCCUUUGGGGUCUCUUCCAACUCCACGAUUCUAAGAAAGCUGCCCAAACAAACACAUCCCCCCUCGCCCAGCCCAUUCACAAGGUGGGAACAUAAAUAACGCAGGAAAGUUGAAACGCAGUCUGCAGGGAAAAAACCUUUAACACAGUAGCUUACAAAUUUUUCAGACUCCUACCUUCUUGGUUCCAUAAAAUUGUUCCAGUGUCCUCUAAUAAUAAUUAUUUGAAUUUGAAUUUCUAUACCACCCUAUACCCGGAUUUCCCGGGGGUCUCAGAAUAAAAUAAAGAUAUAAAACCACAAACUACAUAAUAAAAAUCAAAACAACAACCCCCACAAAAAGACCACCUGCAUUACCCAAACCUAUAAUAAACCUAUAAUAUAUAUAAAGAGCUGAGAUUCCUAGAGCGGAGGAACAAAAGGCUGUCGGGAGAAUAGGAGCUUCCGCUUCCUGUCCCGCUUCCCGAGGGAGAAGCUGGUCAUGACGGCGGCUGUCCUUCCUUGCGGAGGCACUGGAGGUGGGUCAUAUUA